UAUGCCCAAUGGAGUAAUUCGUUUCUCUACUCUGCAAAUCGCUAUUCCUGUCUUCCUGUCUUGCCCGAGGUAUUUCUCCUACCAGUAUCGCUUGUCUGAUAUGAUGGCUGGCUUGGCAGACGUAAGUCGUUUCGUGAGCCAAUCCCACGUCAUCAUGGUGAUGGAAUUAUGCCAUGGCUCAUGGUCGGCCUCGUCGGUUUCUUCUGAUAUGAUGUGCUUUUUUGUCGAUUGUACUUGUAAUGCCUAGGUAGUCUAGUCUUAGGGCAUUGGAAUUUCUUGGUCCUGCCCGGGUAUUUGUUCCAUAUCAAGUAACCUAACACUUACUCCUCUACUCGUUCCGCACACUGCUCCUCCGUUCGUAACUCUGUGAUAGCAUAGACAGUUUCAAAGCGCAAUCCCUACAGGUCCGCCUGCUCUCAAGAACAACAUGUCCGGCAACGUAUCGCAUGGGCGCGGUGGCGCCGCGAACAUUGGUCCGGAGUCCGAGCACGUCGCCUACACCGAUGGCGAGAUUGUCCGUGAAGGAGCCGUAGGCAAUCAGGGAGAUGGCCCAUAUUCGGCAGGACGGGGUGGUGUCGGCAACAUUGACACGGACGGAGAGGCACCCAGCAAGAUACCGAACGACGCUGAGAUCAUUCCUCAGACUGCCGUGAGACUCGACAAACAAGAGUCACACCACGUUGGACGAGGUGGAGCAGGGAAUGAAGCGCAUAUACACAUUUCCAAUGACAAGGAACAUGAAGGGUUAGGAGAUAAGCUGAAGAACAUCUUUCAUAAAGACAAAUGAAGAGCUGGCCCGAUGCUGGUCCGCGGUGAUAUAUGACGCAUUCACGAACGAUACCCACGAUACCGAGGUGCAUGAUGGAAAUAGAGGCCGUGCUCUGCUGUUCUGCCAGGGAUCGGCUUGAGAGCAGAUAUCGUACUGAUGGAACAUGUUGGUUGGAUGAUAGAUUCCAGCAUCACUGGAGGCUCGUAACACUAUGCCUAUCGCAUUGCUCUCAGUAACAUACUGUAUGGCUACGAAGUUAUCAGAAUAACAAAUGCUGCAGGCUGCAGACAAAGUGGAAAGCAAAGCAUGGAACCUUCUCUUCAGGCGUGGAGUGGUCGGUCGGGCCUUGCCUAAGCUAACCGAGCAUGCGGACUUUCCGGGAGGGGCUGUUUGGAAAAGAGGUGGCACCGCGGCACCU